GUGGCGACAUGGAUAUCAACAGGGUUAGCAAUUGAAGAGGCUCAGAUUGCAUUGCUCAUCGAGGUCCGAAGGAUCGGAAGAAGAUCCACCGAGACACAGAGAUUAGACAUCGCCCGUCAAAGAGAUCGGCUCCAAGGCCAGAUAGAUGGAUUUGCUCGGUCUGCUCUAACACAUCUCGGGGAGGGAUUUGAUGCAGAUGAUGAACCUGAAGACUUGGACGUAGACAUUCUAGAUGAUCUCGAUGAUGACCCGGCGGAUUUCACAGAGACAUCUCACACAUGGACAAACUCUCCCGAGCUAACUGUAAUCCCAUUGCCAUCAAACCUGGGGGUUGACAGAUGCAGACGAUGCAUGGCAGAGGAUCUGAUUCCCCUGGAGAUGUCGCUUCGUGAAGGGCAGGCCAAUGAUGCCCUUCACAAUCUCCGCAUUUACCUUUGCAACAAGGCCAUCCUGUUCCGAACAACCGUUAGGCAGGCCAAUUCCCAGGCCCUGAAAACUCGAGCUUGGUCCCAGGUGACGUCGGUGCAGCAGGCAGUCUCCCUCCAUGCCAGCAUAUAUACAAAGACAAGGAAGCAAAUGAUGAAACUUGAGCCGGGGCAAGACCAGCUUCAGAAAUACAAACCCCUGCUUCGCGAGCAACUCAAAAUCAGCACUGCAGUGGGCGACCCAAAUGCCCGAGGUCAACGAAAUGAAUCUUUGGCUUGGUUUUGGUCUGUUGAAGUCGACCUCGGGGGUCCUGAUCAAUCGUGGAAUGAAGAAUUUUACCGAGUCCAUUGGCUGAGGGCAAAGGCACUACGGGAUCGAUGGAGGGAAGAAAUGCUAUUGGUCACAUUCGAGAUGGAUUGGACAUGUAAGUUCUUUUUGUGGAAAACAACCAUAUGGGGCGAGCACAUGCAGGAAUCAUUGGAGAAACGACUUCCGGGUCACGGAUGCUACGCCGGAAGGCAAUCCCACAUGUAUUCAUUGCUGGCACAGGAUGCGCAGGCAGCUUUUCAAGACCUACAAAAUGUGUUGAUAGAGGCUGGAGAUGAAUGA